AUGGCUAGCGGCAAGGGUGUGCAGUCCGAGGUGGCAAGAGAGACCAAACUACCCAAAGAGACGGCCCAGACGCACCCUCAAAAAGGAAAAUCAGUCGAAGAACGAAAUGCCGAUGUCACUCUGCGGCUCCUCGAAGAACAUGGCGAUAAGUUCGGACCCCUGACGCCCGAGGCGGAGAAGAAGCUUCGCAGGAAGCUGUACCUCCGUGUCAUGCUUCUCCUGUCUGCUAUCAACAUUAUGCUUUUUGUGGACAAGUCAACGCUCGGCUAUGCGGCCAUUUUGGGUCUCUUUGAAGAGACAGGCAUUCGUCAAACUGAGUACAACAAUCUGAACACCAUGUUCUAUGUCGGUACGGGGAGAACAUUGUCUUCACAAGCACAUACGCCUUGGCUAAUUGACGAGUUAGGCUACCUGGUAUUUCAGUGGCCGGGUCACUACCUGAUGCAGCGGCUGCCGUUUGGCAAGUAUGUUGCAACCACCGUCUUCUGCUGGUCUGUCAUUAUCUUCCUGCACUGUGUCGCCACGCGCUAUGCCGGCCUUGUUGUCAUGCGGCUCGCGCUCGGAGCGGCCGAGGCCGUCAUUGUGCCGGCUAUGGAGAUUACAAUUGGCAUGUUCUUCAAUCGACACGAGCAGUCCUUCCUACAGCCCGUUCUGUGGAUCACCUGUCAAGCGGCGCCCAUGGUCACGGGCUUCAUCUCGUACGGCCUGCUGUGGGCGACGGGGCCGGUGCUCCCGUGGAAGCUCCUCUACAUCGUCACGGGCGGGCUCACACUCCUCCUCGCCGUGUGGGUGUGGAUCCACUACCCUAUGAGGCGGAUUAAAAAACGAUGGUUGACGCUCGAAGAGAAGGUGCAGGUGAUCCGGCGGGUGCACGCGGCACAGCAGAGCUCGAUCGAACAGAAGCGGUUCAAGCGAGAGCAAUUUGGUCGAGACGCUGCGGGACCCCGUGUCGUGGCUUUUCGCACUGCAGUCGUUCACGCUCAUGUUCUCGAACAAUCUCAACUACGGGCAGAAGAACCUCAUCACGACGUCGAUCGGUGUCAGCCCGCUGGGGUCAACGCUCGUGGCGGCGGCCGGCGGGGGGUUCGGCGUGGCGUGCUGCGUUGUGGCGACGUUCGCGCUGCGGCGGUGGCCGCGCAACCUGGCGCUACACGGGACCGUGUGGUGCAUGCCGGCGGUGGCGGGCGGCGUGGCCAUGGUGACGGUGAUCUGGGAGCAGAAGAUUGGGCUCCUGGGGUGCCUCAUCCUCGCGGCGUCGACGUACGGCGUCACGUACAUCAUCGCGCUCGGGUGGACGACGUCAACGGCGGCUGGAUCUGGGUGGCCGGCAAUGGGCCGCGGUUCUACGGCGCCUGGGCGUCCAUGAUCUCGGUCAGCUGGGUGGGCACGCCGAUCAUCUUGUGGAUCAUCCGGUUCAUCUUGGCGCGGCGGAACGCCGAGCGGCUUGCGUACAUUGCGGGCCUCAGCGACGACGAGCGCGAGGGCUUUGUCGAGACGGUGGGCGAGGAGGGCGAGGUGGUCCGCACCAAGGUCAACCUGGCUGUGCUGGACUUGACGGACCUGCAGAACAAGCAGUUCAUCUAUCCCCUGUGA